AAAAUUAUAUUAUCGAACACGAUAACUAAUGAACGAUCUAAACUUGUUAAUUUUCGGAUCAAAACUCAAAAUCUGUUCACGAAACGAAAGUGAUAACAAGAUAGAAAUAAAUGGAAGCAUCGACCUAAUGACGAACCAUGUCCUCUUAAUUUUUGGCUUAGCAUUAAAUUUUCUAAUAAUCAUCGUAAUUGUCCUCAAUCAUUCAAUGCAUAAAUCGACGAGUUGCUAUAUUCUGAGUUUCGUCUCAUCAAAUUUACUUCUUCUGUUAGAUACGCUAAGCAACAAUCUUCACUGGUGGUACAAUAUUAAUAUUUAUUUCGACAUUCCAUAUAUUAUUAGUUUGACAUUUAAUUCGUCUAUUUUAACUCUCGGAAUGCUGACAAUGGACCGAUAUAUUUUCAUUCAUAAAAGACUGAACUCUGCUAAAAAUAGUCGUCUUAUGAAUAAUUCAAUAUUCCACUUAAAAAUAGCUGGAAAAAUUGUCAUCGUCAUUUGGAUUUUUACUUUGGUAAUUACUGCAAUGGAAUUUCAUUUAUAUGAAAAAUUCGAACGCAAAGAAGUGUACACCAACAAUAUUGAUCCGAGAAUUCAAAUUUUUGUAAUUUUCUCCUUCAUCUUUGUGGCGUUGCCCAUGAUUCUUAUUAUCUGGCUGGGGAGUUUGUUGAUUUAUGAGAUGGAGCAACUGAGAAUGAUUGCAGGUGUUAACAAGGAGGAUGCUGAAAGUCUUCGACUCUUGGCUGGUAUAACAGUUGGAUUUUUGUUCACCAUGGCACCAUACAGAGUAGCCUUGAUUUUCAAUUACCUGUUUCCGAUAAUGUGUUGCUCAAAGGAUAAUUUAAGACUCUGUUGCACAAUAAUUAAAGGAACCAUUAUUGUCUUCCCUCUCAUCUGCUUUGCGACUUCGAGACAAAUUCAAUCAGCUCUUAAGAAAACACUUUUUCGUUGUCGAUGCAAUUUGACGAAACCAGAAAACCUCAAGAAUGCCUCAAAGAGUGCGGUGAAGACCGUUUGUGAAGAAUUGAAAACUAAUGAAAGAGACAGUAGUGGCAAUUAUAGAUGAGACAAUAAAAAAAGGGAAUUGAAAACUCUUCUCAAGUCGAAUCAUAAAUACUUGAAUUUUUGUAAUUUUUUAAAUUAGUUUUUAUCCAGCGAAGUAUAAGAAUGCCAAAGAAAUGAAUGAAGAAAAAAACUAAAAAAAACCUAUUUUAAAAAACAUUUUAUUAAAAAAGAAAAAAUUAAUUUAAAAAAAACCGACAAAGAGAGAAAAAAGAGAGAAAGAGAGAGAAAGAGUUGAUAAUAAUAGACGUUGUGCAGUGCGAUAGUCGGUUCUAUUUGUUUUUCGAUUUGGUAUUCCACUCACAAUCGACCCUUUCAGCAUCCACGAGGGAAUUUUUAUCCAAAGAAACACGCUUAUGAACCGAGAGAGGAAGCAUCGAAGGAAGAUAUGUCGUACGUGCUCACUUGGAGACACCGCGAAACAGGAAAUCAGUGAGGUGGAAAGUAGCCACGCCAAGAAAAAGGGAACUUCCGUCUUCCAAGAUCUUUUUUUGAUAUGAGAAUUCAAUUUUCGAACCCAAUCCCUUCCCCUCCAUCCUCAUACCGAAAAAUCGUAACGACAAUAAUCAAAUUUUACGAUUUUACGAAUCCAACAAAAUUCACGUUAUGAAUAUAUUCGAAAUUAUUUAAAUACGAAAAAAAAGAAUCAGAAAUUUUCUUCGAGAAUUUAUAUUGUUCUAAAUGUCUUUUACAGAAACAUUUCC